AUGGUCGGGAAUUAUUGUGCAGAUUUGACAGGUGAGCGGCAGAUCCUCGUCUCUCACGCUCCUUCUCGGAGGUUCAAGUUUCAUCUCAUGGCUGGAGUCGUUCCUCGUAGCGUGCCAUUGCCAGACGAAUGCCCAUCCCCAUCACGGUCAAGCCUGGUAGCAAGGAGGGCAAUGUUUCCAUGUAUGAUGUCCCAAGUCCAUGCAGGUAGGCGAGCACAUCACUUUGGUCGGCUGGGAUGUUUCUAUUCCUGUUUCCUCGACCACGAAUACUGUGCCGGCGGCAAGGACCUCGACCUGCUGGCGGCCGGAGCCCCGCGCGAGCUAGGCGGGAUGAUGAGGGGAGAGAAUAAAACAGGAGAUCUGCUGAUGCGGUGUGAAGCCGAGAUGGACCAUGGUCGAGGUGAAAGGCUCGCAGGUAAUCUCAGCAGCCGCCAGGCGCACACUGUACUGGGGCGAGGCGGCCGAAGGUUCUGCGACCCGAUCUCACUCCCGCAUGUGCCGUGCAACGAUUCCCAGAUGAAUGGGCAGUGA